AUGCCGUGGACGUCAACCGAGCACUCGCCGAACACCUUCACCCGGUCCCUUGGCCCCAACGAGGUGUUUAUCAAGCUGGUCAGUGAUCCCGGUCACCCGCUCGGUCCUGCGCAUCCGGACUCCAACUCCAACGUCGUCUACACAGUUCCUGACUCUGCCGAUAGUCUUAGCGAAUGGGCCUCUCAGACCUUUACCGUGGAGAGCGAUGCCCAGUCCGCCGACGAGGUCAUUUCCACCAUCGCACCAGCACCCGACGCCCGGCUGUACUAUGUCACCCAAUCAAAUGAGCUGCUCCUACACACUGCACACUGGCGCAUGGAUGGAGUCGGUGGGCUGUUUCUCCUCGGCCAGCUGGUGGACUUGAUGGUCUCGCACGCCGGCACACUCCUCUCAGGAAAGCUGCCAGACCCCUUUGAUUCCUUCCGAUGGGGAUCGGAGAUUACGCGGCUAGUGCCACCAGUCGAAGAAGCCGGUAACAUGCCACUUAUCGCGACCGAGGAGCAGAAGGCUGUCGCUCACGGGGCAGUCGGCACCUUUGCCCUGGCGGCGGGUGCCCUCGGGGUGCCGUAUAACGAUGAUACCUCCAGCAUGCCCUCCGGAACGCGGGCCGCCGAGCUUAUGUUCUCGCCCGCUACCACAUCCGCCGCUGUAUCCGCGGCGAAGGCACUUGGCGUCGGGGUCACAGCCGCCGUCCAUGCCAGUCUGGCUGUGGUCAACUUCCGGCACGCGAUCGCCGAGCACCAGGGCCGCCACUACACUAGCACCAUCAAACAGUCGUUGCGACCGUAUCUGCCCGAACCUUACUCGACCCCCGCGGCAGCAGCUGGGUUAUACACGUCUGGCUGGUUGGCACGGGUCGAGGGCCUCCGGCACCUGGGAGGAGAAUGCCCGCAUGUAUCAGGCAGAGCGCACCGGGAGUAUGCGUCCACUUUGGUCGAGAUGAUAAAGAAUUUGCCGGCCCCGACAGAGCCACCCAGCGAUAUCGAUAUCAGCAGCAUGGGAAUCAUGGAGAAAUAUCUCGAGCGUGAAUAUGGAACCCCGGAGCGCGGGUUUAGCAUCACGCAUGCUGGGGUGGGUGUGGAAAUAAUUUCGCGCCAAGGAGUGGUUUUUGUGUGGACAUUCCGUGAUCAAUUGACACUGCGGUUAGUGUAUAACGAGGCUUUCCACACUCCGGAGCAGAUGGCAGAAUUUUUACAAGACAUCCAAGUGGAACUUUUGAAGCAAUUAGGGGUGGCGGAGUAG